CAGUCGGUGCCCGCUCGCCUUGGCAGCCCCAGGUGGCCGGAGAGGAGCCGGGAGGGCGGGGAGGUGCUCCGGAGGAUGUCCCACCAAGCGGAUCCCGGAGGGCGCGGGCUCACGCGUCUCCCCUGAGCGCCGAGUGCGGGGAAAUGGGCUUCGAGAACGCCACGGACAAGCGCUGGGGCAUGUCUGACUCUACAUACAACUUCUCUUCUCAGCCUGGGCUGAUAAGAAUGGCUAACUUCACCAAUGACAACUUCACCAAGGAGAACAUCCCCAAAUACAAAACUGUGGAGAUGGUCUUUAUAGCCACAGUAACCGGGUCACUGAGCCUUGUCACUGUGGUAGGGAAUAUCUUGGUCAUGCUGUCCAUCAAGGUGAACCGCCAACUCCAGACUGUCAACAACUACUUCCUCUUUAGCUUGGCCUGUGCUGACCUGAUAAUUGGAGCUUUCUCCAUGAAUCUCUACACAGUCUAUAUUAUCAAGGGAUAUUGGCCACUUGGAGCUGUGGUGUGCGACCUCUGGCUGGCUCUGGACUACGUGGUGAGCAAUGCCUCUGUCAUGAACUUGCUCAUCAUCAGUUUUGACCGCUACUUCUGCGUCACCAAGCCCCUGACCUACCCAGCUAGACGGACAACCAAAAUGGCAGGGCUGAUGAUUGCUGUCGCUUGGAUACUAUCCUUUAUUCUUUGGGCACCCGCCAUCUUGUUUUGGCAGUUCAUUGUUGGGGCAAGGACAGUUCCAGAAGGUCAGUGCUUCAUUCAGUUCCUCUCCAACCCAGCUGUAACUUUUGGCACAGCCAUUGCGGCUUUCUACCUCCCUGUAGUUAUCAUGACUGUGUUGUACAUCCACAUCUCGCUAGCUAGCCGGAGCCGUGUGAGAAGACACAGGCCCGAGAGCAAAAAGGAGAAGAAGUCUAAGCCACUUAAUUUUCUGAAGAGCCCGCUAGUGAAGCAGAAUAACAACUCACCCAAAAAAGCAUUGGAGGUGAAGGAGGAGGUGAAAAACGGGAAAUUAGAAGAGCAACCCUUACAACAAUCAGAGACUACUGGCCAUCAAGAGGAAAAAGAAACUUCCAAUGAAUCCAGCACAGUAAGCAUCACCCAGACCAAUAAAGAGAAGCAAAUGCUGGAAAUUGUGCCAGCAGACCCAGGGCAGAGUCCAGCCCACCCGCGGAUUAACCCUGCCUCGAAGUGGUCCAAAAUCAAGAUCGUCACUAAGCAAACUGGUACAGAAUGUGUCACUGCCAUUGAAAUUGUCGCAGACAAAGAAGCCAGUUCUACCCCAAUUACCUUGUCAAACAGCCGUCCGGCUAAUGUUGCCAGGAAAUUUGCUAGCAUUGCCCGGAGUCAGGUCCGGAAGAAGCGCCAAAUGGCAGCCCGAGAGAAGAAAGUCACCCGAACCAUCUUUGCCAUCUUGCUAGCCUUCAUCCUGACAUGGACGCCUUACAACGUGAUGGUUCUCAUUAAUACCUUCUGCAAUUAUUGCGUCCCUGACACCGUCUGGUCCAUUGGGUACUGGCUGUGCUAUGUCAACAGCACCAUCAACCCAGCUUGUUAUGCUCUUUGCAAUGCCACGUUCAAGAAAACCUUCAAGCACCUCCUUAUGUGUCAGUACAGGAACAUCGGCACAGCGAGAUAAUCUGGAAUUUAGGGGACUGCUUGGCAGAGGUAUUGUGGAGACGCGUUCUUCUGUUCUCCAGCUAGACAAACAUACUGUUGUAACUGUACUGUUCAAUUCCAGACAGAGCCCUUCAUCAAAUGCAGAAUUAAAACCAGAGAUAAGACACACCACCUUGAAUCAUUCUUGGCCCUCAAGCAUCUGCUAACCAUGAAGCAGCCCUGCCACCCAUAUGACCCCUGACUGUGCUUCUCCAGAGAACAAGGGAGAAAGUCAUCAGGGAUUGGAUGCUGUAAGAGGUCCCACAGUUUAAUCGGACAGUUAUGAUGGAUCCCACUCCUUGCCCCGUCGCUCUUGAAAUACUGGUUGAACGUUCAUUACCCUUGGAUCUCACUGGAUAAAACCAGAAUCCCAUGCUGAUGGCUAUGCUAGU